CUUUCCAUCGAUCCAUCCGACCGCUCGAUGUGAAACAAUGCGAUUCGCUCGUCUCUGAACGUGCCGCUCUCGUUUUCCUUUUUCAGAUACAUGAACGUCGUGAUGAGGGACUGCGUCUUCACGGACCCGCGCGGGGACUCCUUCAGGUACGACAUGUUCUUCGUGCACGCGAGGAACAUCCGCAGUGUCCACGUCCCGCCGAACUGGCCUUCUCUCAUCUCACACACACACGUCGACGAAUAGACAUGGCCCUGUCCCUCCGUGACCGACUGACAGCCGCUUCCACGUGCGCGGCUCCAGGUGUCGCUGGCGCGGCGCGCACCGGAGCGCCGCGGAGGCCGGAGCGGCGACGGCAACGACGACGAACGACGGCGGCUGCGACGGCUGCGGCUACGGCGGCGGCGGCGCGUUUGUUUUUACCCAGCGUGCAUUGUGGGACGGUGACUGGUGCUAAGAUGGCCGACAACAGGGAGGAGAUUUCGGAGCUCGUCGAGAAACGAGGUAAGUUUCAGGUUGCGAAUAAUACUUUCGAGGCACGGUGUGCACCAACGUCGUUCUUUGCGUCAAGAAGUGAGUCACCGAUUGCCCUGUAAAAUUACGCUUGCAGCAGCACUUAAGGACUUGUAAUUUCGUUUCUAAUUUCGCGGAGAUAUUUGCGCGAAAAUGACUGACCAAAA